AUGUCAUUAAAAAAACUAAUUGCGGCUAAUAAAAAACCAUCUAGUGACUAUUGGACACCCUCCCUAUCAGAAAUUGUAAUCAAUGCUCAAUUAGAUAAUGAUUCAUUUUAUGAAGACAGCAAUAAUCAAACAAGACAUCGACGAUCUGCCAUAGUAGAUGAUGAACAUCGUGCACAUCGACCAUUGAAACUUUCUACAACUAAAACUAUUUACAAAAAUUCAAAACCACAUCGAUUAAUUGAAAAACGACGUCGAGAUCGUAUGAAUCAUAUUCUUGAUGUUUUAUUAAAUUUGAUACCUCAUAAAAAGCCUGAAAAUGGACGUCGUAUUGAAAAAACUGAAAUUAUUGAUAUGGCAAUUAAAUAUAUUCGUUUAUUAUCAUCAAAUAAAGAAUCUUGUGAACCAUUAACUUUCGAUAAAAAAUCAUAUUCAAAAGUUGCUGCAUAUCUUACAGGAUAUAGUAAUGGAAUUCAAGAUAUUUAUGAACAUAUAGAGAAACAUACAAAUGAUAAACAACUUCUUAAUAAUCUAUUGCAAUAUAUCGACGAAAAAGAAAUUGAAUUAAAAGAUUUAACAGUUAUAUGUGAUAAGAAAGACAGUUUAAAACGUCAAACAUCUUCAUUAAAAAAAUCUUCACAAGUAAAUAUUGACAAACCAAAUUCGAAUGUUGAUCAAUUUUCUAUAUCUAAUACGAACAAAUCACAAGCUGAAAACAUUUUCCAAUCUUCUAUCAAUGAAGAAAUUAAUUCAAUUAAAAAAUCAGAAGUACCAAUAUUUGUUUUACAUCCAUCUGGUACACAUUAUAUUCCGAUGUGUAUUGAUUCAUCAAUUGUUUUCAAUACAUUUAAUAAUAAUAAAUUUAAUCAAACUCAGAUAUUAUCGAUAAAUGAACAACCUCAUUGCCAUCCUGUAUCGAUUCCUGUGAAUUUUAAUCCAGUUUUAACUCUAUCAGAUCAAUAUGAACUUGAUAUUCAAAAUAUAAAUGUUGUCGCUACUAGAUAA